UCAAGAGAGGUCAGUUAUGAAGAGGAAGCGCGCGAGUCCGGCAUCAUCUGGAUUUAUCAACUUUGGAACAUGAAUACAUUGCAUGCCAAAAUUAGGCUACUCCAGAAUAACAGUUGAUUGUCUGCAUCCCUCUUUGUGUAACCCGCUUCGUGCGCGUGGUGCGACCGGCGGCAUCUCCAGGUUUUACGCAAUUACUUUUUGGUGUUUUUUUGUGCUUAUAUUGUGGAACUGACUGAGGAGCUGGACGGAUAGAAUUUUAUUUAUUUGUCUAAAACAAAAAAUUAAACACUCUUUCCAUUUUUGUUUUAUAAUUCACGGAGUCCACCUUUGGUUCGGGUUACCUAUCCUGGUUUUCAGCCGAGCAGGGCUACUCGUGAGGAACAGAUUAUUUUACAAACUUGAACAAUCAAUAUUUGGUUACCAUUUUGAUCCAAAGAAGAAUGAUUCUCAGAAGUUGUAACGUCUGGUUGGCGCUUUUGGUUCUGUGCACCUCCGUAAAAACUCAAGAUGCACAGCUGGAAGAUGAGACCAUUUUCGACUUGUUUGAAACAAGCAGAAUCACACGUAAGACUGUCGGUGUGAAACUUUUCAAGGGUCUGGACAGUGAUGCUCCAGCAUACCGCUUCAUCCGUUUCGACCAGCUCCCCUCUGUCAACUCCACUGCGAUACAACAACUUCUUUUGCAGAUACAAAAUAAUGAAGGCUUCAUUCUGACUGCCACCUUGCGGCAGGACCGCACAUCCCGUGGCACCAUUCUUGCACUGGAGGGCCCAGGAGAGCGCCGCCAGUUUGAGGUUGUUUCGGAUGGCCGAACCAACACCCUAGAUUUGGUGUACUGGUGGGCAGAUGGCUCACGCAAUGUGAUCUCUUUUGAGGACGUAGACCUCUCGGAUUCGCAGUGGAAGAAUAUAACGCUUUAUGUGCAUGGAGAGACUGCAACCUUGUAUGUUGGCUGCGGACUCAUUGAUAGCUUCAUUCUUGACGAACCUUUCUAUGAGCACCUGAGUGCCACAGGUGGCCGUAUGUUUGUGGCCAAAGGGUCCACCCGAGAAAGCCAUUUUAGGGGCUUGCUGCAGAAUGUACGUUUUAUCUUUGACACCCCGCUUGAGGACAUUCUGGAGAGCAGGGGAUGUGAUCUUGGAAACCCAGUGGAGGCGAAUGUUGUCAGCGAGAGUGCAGAGGUGGUGGAAGUUCCAUCCUCCAUUGCCACUAAUGUGAUUGGCCAGAACACAGAUGUUCCAGCAACCAGCUCUUCAGAACUUAUGUGUGAACGUUCUUGUGAGGAACUGGCAAACCUCUUCCAGGAGCUCAAGGGUCUUAGAGUUGUCGUUAGCAACCUCAUAGACGGUCUGCAAAAAGUGACAGAAGAAAACACAGCAAUGAAGGAGGCAUUAAAUAAGAUGCAGAAUCCUCUGGAGCAGAGCAUGUGUUGGCAAGAUGGUCGUUUGUUUGAAGAUAAAGAGGACUGGAUUGUUGAUAGCUGCACUAAAUGUACCUGCCAAGAGGGAAAAGUUGUUUGUCGUCAGAUCACUUGUCCUCCAGUGGCGUGUGCCAAUCCAUCCUUCAUCGAUGGGGAAUGUUGUCCAGUUUGCCUUCCAAUGGACAGUGAGGACAGCUGGUCUCCAUGGUCUGAGUGGACUCAGUGCACAGUUACAUGUGGAAGUGGCACCCAGCAGAGGGGACGAUCUUGUGAUGACAUUAGCAACACAUGUUCUGGACCCUCAAUUCAGACACGCAAGUGCAGUUUGGGAAAAUGUGACCGCAGAGUUCGUCAGGAUGGUGGCUGGAGCUUGUGGUCUCCCUGGUCGCCCUGUUCAGUGACGUGUGGGGAGGGACUGAUCACACAUAUUCGUCACUGUAAUUCCCCUGUUCCACAAAAAGGAGGCAAAGACUGUGAAGGUGAAGGGCGAGAGACACAGAACUGCCACGCAGAGCCCUGCCCGAUUGAUGGUGGCUGGGGCCCAUGGUCUCCUUGGGCAAUGUGCUCGGCAACAUGUGGAGGGGGUCUGAAGAGUCGUGUUCGAGAGUGUAACAGUCCUUCUCCGCAGCAUGGAGGAAGGAAGUGUCUUGGAGACUCCAUUGAGAAUGAUGUAUGCAACCGACAGGAGUGCCCUAUUGAUGGCUGUCUUUCAAAUCCAUGCUUUUCUGGAGUUGAGUGUAGCACAGCUUCUGAUGGAUCCUGGGAAUGUGGUCCAUGCCCCAAUGGUUACCGUGGCAAUGGAACUUCCUGUGAAGAUAUCAAUGAGUGCGAAAUGGUUUCAGAUCUAUGUCAUAAGGUGGGUGGUCUACAGCAAUGUGUGAACACAGACCCAGGAUUCCACUGUCUGCCCUGCCCCCCGCGCUACAAAGGGACUCAGCCCUACGGCAUGGGAGUGGAGUCAGCUAAAACCAACAAACAGGUGUGUGAACCCUACAACCCCUGCAAGGACAACAGCCACAGCUGCCAUAAGUAUGCGGAAUGCAUCUUCCUUAGUCACUUCACUGACCCUAUGUACAAGUGUGAGUGUCGUAUUGGUUAUGCUGGAGAUGGCAUCAUCUGUGGAGAGGACUUUGAUCUGGAUGGAUGGCCCAAUCAGGAUCUUGUGUGUGGAGCAAAUGCCACCUACCACUGCAAAAAGGACAACUGCCCGACUCUUCCCAACUCUGGUCAGGAGGACUUUGACAAUGAUGGGCAAGGAGAUGCUUGUGAUAAAGACGAUGAUAAUGAUGAAAUUAUGGAUGAAAGGGACAACUGCCCCUUGAUGUAUAACCCCAGGCAGUAUGAUUAUGACAAGGAUGAUGUCGGCGAUCGUUGUGAUAAUUGCCCGUAUGAACACAACCCUGCACAGACUGACACCGACAACAAUGGAGAAGGAGACACCUGUUCCAUUGAUAUAGAUGGAGAUGAGAUUCUAAACGAGCGAGACAACUGCGCUUACAUUUACAACACAGACCAGAAAGACACAGAUGUAGAUGGCGUCGGAGACCAGUGUGAUAACUGCCCCUUAGUCCACAACCCACAACAGACGGAUACAGAUAAUGAUCUAGUUGGAGACCAGUGUGAUGACAACCAGGACAUUGAUGAAGAUGGCCAUCAAAAUAACAUCGAUAACUGCCCCUACAUAGCCAACUCUAACCAAGCUGACCAUGAUGGAGAUGGAAAAGGAGAUGCUUGUGAUCAUGACGAUGACAAUGAUGGUAUUCCUGAUGACAGGGAUAACUGCAGACUGGUUCCUAACAAGGACCAACUGGACUCUGAUGGUGAUGGUCGUGGUGACACUUGUGAGAAUGAUUUCGACAACGACAACGUCCCAGAUAUCUUUGAUGCAUGCCCGGAAAACAGUGCCAUCAGCAUCACAGACUUCCGCAAGUUCCAAAUGGUUCACCUAGAUCCCAAAGGAACCACGCAAAUUGAUCCCAACUGGGUGGUCCAAAAUCAGGGCAAAGAGCUUGUGCAGACUGCCAACUCUGACCCUGGAAUUGCAGUGGGCUUUGAUGAGUUCAGCGCAGUGGAUUUCAGUGGAACCUUCUAUGUGAAUACAGACCGGGAUGACGACUAUGCGGGCUUUGUUUUUGGAUACCAGUCAAGCCGACGAUUUUACGUCGUAAUGUGGAAACAGAUCACGCAGACAUAUUGGGAAGACAAGCCAUCAAAGGCAUUUGGCAUCUCUGGUGUAUCCCUUAAGGUGAUCAACUCCACCACAGGCACUGGGGAAAACCUACGUAAUGCAUUAUGGCACACAGGCAACACCAAGCAACAGGUGCGCACUCUGUGGCAUGACCCAAAGAACAUCGGAUGGAAAGACUUUACUGCAUACCGCUGGCAUCUCAUCCACAGACCAAAGACUGGCUUCAUUAGAGUUGUAGUGUAUGAAGGCAAGCAGAUCAUGGCAGACUCGGGUCCCAUUUAUGACAAGACGUUUGCUGGUGGGAGACUCGGGCUAUUCGUUUUCUCCCAAGAGGCCGUCGUCUUCUCUGACCUCAAAUAUGAAUGCCGAGAUAAUUAAGUUUUAUUGGAAUACCAUGGACUUUUUUUUAUCAAAGUGAAACCAGAUCAGUGCUGUGCUUUAGUGGAUGAAAAUUUUGACUUUAUGCAAUGAGUGCCCACAUGAGGGCAACACUUACAUCCAAGACUAGAAGUGCCUUGAAUAGGUGAAUAUACCUUGCAGUUGAUAUCAAAAAGUGUGGGAGGAUACAAAAGUUUGGUAAGACCACAGCAUUCAUUUGAAUUCUCUGUUAAUAGUUGCACAAAUAAUCUUUGUAAUGCUACAAUGAGUCCUGCCAUCUUGAAUAUGAACCCAAGACUCUGUGUUGAGGGUUUGUAAUUUUUGUUUUGUUUGUUUCAAAUCAUUUAGUCUUUUAAAUGUGCUUUUCUAGUCAUUCUUAUGGAGAAAUUGAAUGCAAUAGUUUUGUGGUUGUUGCGAACAUUUAGGGAGAUGUAUUAUAUUCAGUCUUUUACUACUAUCUACUGUAACUUAUUUGUCUGUUUUUCUGUGCAAAUAUAUUAGUUAACAUCACUUUAAAAUUUCCUCUUGCUGACAACUUGUAAAUACUUAUUUAUUUGUUUACAUUGACACAUUUUUACAAAUUACAUUUAAAAGGAUGUUUGCAUAUGUUUUCAAAUUGCGUUCAUGGUCAUAGUCAGUAAGGCUUUAUCAUUGGCUAUUGCUGUAUCUACAGUUAAAUUGAAAGUGUUCAGAUAUAAAGGGGAUGAAAUAAGGUGUCAUAUUAGUAUUUGAUUAAUGCUUACAGUUAUAUAUAUAUAUAUAUAUAUAUAUAUAUAUAUAUAUAUAUAUAUAUAUUCCUGAAAGACAACAUUUUAGAAAUUUCAAGGUAUUUCACAUUUCUAAAUUAAAUGAGUCUGAAUGAAAAUAACCAAUGCUUAAAGCGAUAGUUCACCCAAAAAUUCUGAUUUUAUCAUUCAUUUGCAUUGCAUAAUUUUUCCAAAAAUGAAAGUGAAUAGUGACUAAUUCUUUCAUUCUGUCUGAAAUAAAAUCAUGCAUACAUUUGGAACAACAUGAAGUUGGGUAGAUAAUGAAAGAAUUUUCAUUUUUGAGUAAACUAUCCCUUUAACAUCUUGUGCCUUAAAGCCAUAAAUACCUCAGAGAUGCAGUUUUUGCAGUUACUUUUCAUCCAAAGCACCAUGCAACUGCAAUAGCAGAGACUUGCCUUGCUCAUAGGUACAGUGGUAAUAAACCAGAAUUGUGAUCUCAUUAACUAACUAGCCAGUUUCUAGGUCACCCUGUCUUGGGAUUGAAAAUGCAAUUCUUUUAGUUAUCCACACUACCACCACCCUCUUUUAUAUCCCCUUAAAUCCAAGGAAAUAGAUCGUUCAGAAAACACCAUAGAGUAAACUAAUAUUAAUCCUAUAUUAGAAUGAAGGGAAUAUAUUUUAUGCCUUUUUAUGUCAUUUACAGUACACACCUCAUUUGCAUAUAUCAUCUUCAUUUCCAGCUGUUCUCAGCAACCAUUCAAUCCGUUCAACACCACGUGAACCACUUCAUUAUUCGAUUGUACGAUUUUAGACUCAUCUACAAUGUAUAGCUUGCUGCUAGUCACAUUAAAAAUGUAUUAUAAUUGUGAGUAUUAAAAGUCGUUCCUGAUAUUUUUUCCACUCAUAUCCAUUUUCAUAACAAACAUGUGAUGAAAUAACUUGUCAAUAAAAUUAUAUAGACA